AUAAAAGGACCAAGCAGCGUGAUAAGGAGGAACAGCGCUUUGUGGAAUCGAGGACUCGGGACGAAAUACUGGACGGUAAAACAUCCUGGACCUCGGAGGAGGUAAUGGCAGGGGACAAGACCCUGCCAUGGAAGCAGGUGGAGAGAGCACAGGAGGAACGGUGACGGUAUAUGGGUACAAGGCUAGCAUGGAAGUCCGAGAGGCAGCCCCAAGAAAUUUUUAAGUCAGGUAGGAGACCUGAGCCAACUCCUCGUGCUUACCGUGUGUUAUGCGGUGGAGCGCACGGUGUCCCCAGUACGUGCGCUUAGCCCGGUGCGCUACAUCCCAGCUCCCCGGAUCUGCCGGGCUAGGGUGAGGAUCCAGCCAGGGCAGAUGGUGCCAGCCCUGCUCUCCAGACAGCCAGACAGCAGACCGGAACCUCCUACGACAGGCCGCAGACCGGAACCUCCUACGACGGGCCGCAGACCGGAACCUCCAACGACGGGCCGCAGACCGGAACCUCCUACGACGGGCCGCAGACCGGAACCUCCAACGACGGGCCGCAGACCGGAACCUCCAACGACGGGCCGCAGACCGGAACCUCCUACGAUGGGCCGCAGACCGGAACCUCCAACGACGGGCCGCAGACCGGAACCUCCAACGACGGGCCGCAGACCGGAACCUCCAACGACGGGCCGCAGACCGGAACCUCCAACGACGGGCCGCAGACCUGAACCUCCUACGACGGGCCGUAGACCGGAAACUCCUACGACGGGCCGCAGACCAGAACCUCCUACGACGGGCCGUAGACCGGAAACUCCUACGACGGGCCGCAGACCAGAACCUCCUACGUCGGGUCACAGUCCGAAACCUACCACGACGGGUCACAGUCCGGAACCUACCACGACGGGUCCCAGUCCGGAACCUACCACGCCGGAUCCGCCAGAUUCUUCCUCCAGUCCAGAGGCGCCACUCACUCCAGACUCGACCAUCAGUCCAGUGGCGUCCUCUAGUCCGUGGUCGGCGGUGAGGGUUCCCGCUCCAGAGACAUUAAGUAAGGGUGAAGUGGAGCGGGGUCCACGUCCUGAGCCAGAACCGCCACCUCGGAGUCAUACCCCCUAUAGGUUUAGGUGUGCGGCCGGGAGUCCACAUCUUUGGGGGGGGGGUACUGUCAAGCCCUGA